GUACCUUCCUAUCCCUGAAGGGGAGUGUGGCGGCCGGGGGCGGGGGAGUGCUUGGCGGGAAGCUCUUCCACAGCACCGGCCCAACACAGGGUUGAGAUCUGAGAGGAAUCUGGAGAACCGCCCAUUGAGGGGCUCACGAUUGGUUACAGGUUACAGAGAAUGGAGAAAAUUAGGGUGGGGUGAAAGGGAGGGGACUUAAGGUGAAAUCUCUCCAACCUAAAGCCCCGGUUUGAGGAGGCCCAUCAGAGGGUGAAAUGUGGAGAUAAUUCAACAAGGGGAAAAGAGAAUGGAUUGUUGGGAGGGAACCGCUUUGGCCUCAGAGAGACUAAGAGUUGGGGUGAUCAUCCAGGAUGGGAUGGGGUGUGGGUUUGAUGUGUUUGAGGGUGAAAGGGAGCAAACACCUGAGGUAGUGCUGACAGGAGUGUGUUAUCUGUGCAAGGAAGUGUAGGGAAAUUUGGGAUGUAGGUGGUCCUGGGGUUGAGAGGAAGAAUCGACUUGGCAAAUAUGAGAAGUACUGGGAAAACGAAACCGAGAAUCAGCUUAUCAAAUAUGAGAAAUAGUGGGAAAGUGAAACUGAAAAUCAAAGUGAGGGGUAGAGCUAGGGGUGGGGACUCACUCUUAAGUUUGCAUCCGCCCGACUUGAAAGGCCCAAAAAGCAUGUAGUGCUCCUGCGGUGGCUCAUGCCUGUUAUCCUAGCCCUCUUGGGAGGCCAAGGUGAGAGGAUUGCUUGAGGGCAGGAGUUUGAGACCAGCCUGACCCCAACUCUACUAGAAAUAGAAAAAUUACUGGGGCGACACCUGUGGCUCAAGGAGAAAUAGAAAAAUUACCAGAGAAUCGUGGCACAGCCUGUAGUCCCAGCUACUUGGAAGGCUGAGCAGGAAUUCUGAAAUCCCCAACACUUCCUCCCUCUGGGGGAUUUGAUCCCCCAUGGCCACCGCUAACAGCAUCAUCGUGCUGGAUGAUGAUGAAGAAGAUGAAGCAGCUGCUCAGCCAGGACCCUCCAACCCAUCCCCCAAUCCAGCCUCACCUGGGUCAGAAGUCCCUGGCCUCUCUGACCUUCAAGGGGCUGGAGCAAGCAGUACUUCUGACGGCAAGAAAUGCUACAAGUUGGAGAAUGAGAAGCUGUUUGAAGAGUUCCUUGAACUGUGUAAGAUGCCCACGGCAGACCACCCGGAGGUGGUCCCAUUCCUCCAUAACCGGAAGCAGCGUGCCCACUCUUUGUUUUUGGCCUCAGCAGAGUUCUGCAACAUCCUCUCUCGGGUCCUUUCUCGGGCCCGGAGCCAACCAGCUAAGCUAUAUGUCUACAUCAAUGAGCUCUGCACUGUUCUCAAGGCCCACUCAGCCAAAAAGAAGCUGAAUCUGGCCCCUGCUGCCACCACUUCCAAUGAGCCCUCUGGGAGUAGUAACCCUCCCACAGACUCCUCCUUGGGCCCCACAAAUGCUGAAACCACUGCCUCUACGGCUUCAAGGACCCGUGGUUCCCGGAGGCAGAUCCAGCACUUGGAGCAGCUACUGGCACUUUAUGUGGCAGAGAUCCGGCGGCUGCAGGAAAAGGAAUUGGAUCUGUCAGAAUUGGAUGACCCAGACUCCACAUACCUGCAGGAGGCACGAUUGAAGCGUAAGCUGAUCCGCCUCUUUGGGCGUCUAUGUGAACUGAAAGAUUGCUCUUCACUAACUGGCCGUGUCAUAGAACAGCGCAUCCCCUACCGUGGCACCCGCUACCCAGAGGUUAAUAGGCGCAUUGAGCGUCUCAUCAACAAGCCGGAUGCCUUCCCUGACUAUGGAGAUGUGCUGCGGGCGGUUGAGAAGGCAGCUGCUCGUCACAGCCUUGGCCUUCCUCGACAGCAGCUCCAGGUUAUGGCUCAGGAUGCCUUCCGAGAUGUGGGCAUCAGGUUACAGGAGAGACGUCACCUGGAUCUCAUCUACAACUUUGGCUGCCACCUCACAGAUGACUAUAGGCCAGGUAUUGACCCUGCAUUAUCAGAUCCUGUGUUGGCCCGGCGCCUUCGGGAAAACCGGACUUUGGCCAUGAGCCGGCUGGAUGAGGUGAUCUCCAAAUAUGCAAUGAUGCAAGACAAAAAUGAGGAAGGUGAGAGAAAGAAGAGAAGAGCCCGGCUCCAAGGCACUUCUUCCUACUCUACUGAUCCCUCCAAGACCUCCUUGGAUUCUGGUGAGGGUCCUAGUGGAAUGGCAUCCCAGGAGUGCCCUACCACCUCCAGGGCUGAGACAGAUGAUGAAGAUGAUGAGGAAAGCGAUGAGGAAGAGGAAGAAGAGGAAGAGGCCACAGAUUCUGAAGAAGAGGAAUAUCUGGAACAGAUGCUGGAAGGUCAGGGGGAUGAUGAAGAGGAGGAGGAAGAGGAGGAAGCAGGUAAGGAUGGAGACAGGAGCCCCAUGACCCUACCACAGAUCUCCACUGAAAAGAACCUGGAACCUGGCAAAGGGAUCAGCAGGUCUUCGGGGGAGCAGCAAAAUGAAGGACUCAUGGUGUCACCAUCAUUAGUGUUGAAAGAACCCCUGGCCCCCUUCAGCAUAGAUGCUGAAAGCAAUGGAAAACAGUCUGAGGAGUUGCCCAUGGAGGAAGAGAGCCCUAUAUCUCAGCUCUUUGAGCUAGAGAUCGAAGCAUUGCCCCUGGAUACCAACUCUUCUCCUGAGGAGACAGAUAUUUCCUCUUCCAGGAAGCAAUCAGAGGACCCCUUCACCACUGUCUUAGAGAAUGGGGCAGCUGUUGUCACCUCCACUUCUUUCAAUGGAGGUGUCUCUCCUCAUCCCUGGGGAGAUUCCAGUCCUCCUAGCAAGAAAUCUCGAAAGGAAAAGAAGCAAACAGGAUCAGGGCCAUUAGGAAACAGCUAUGUGGAAAGACAAAGGGCAAUGCACAUGAAGAAUGGGAAGAAGAUACAUAUCCAGCCCAGCCCACCAUCCCCUCUGGCUUCCAUGUCUCCGGUUGCUGAUUCCUCCACAAGGGUGGACUCUCCCAGCCAUAGUCUGGUGACCAGCUCCCUCUGCAGUCCUUCUCCAGUCUGGUUGUCCCAAAUCCCCCAGUCACAGCCUCCCCGGCCCAGUACUUACAAAAUGAGUGUGGCCACACAGUGCGAUCCAGAGGAGAUCAUCGUGCUCUCAGACUCUGAUUAGCUGCUUCCCCCUUUCUUCGCCUCCAAAAUGUUUUGGGAUAGCAUUGGAGGAUGGGGGGAAGCAAAUGACUGAGAAAGGGAUGAAUUGAGCUAAUCCCCUUUUGGUGGUAUUUCUUUUAAAAAAAAGCAAAACCUUAGGUUUUACACACAAAAAUAAUAAACAAUAAAGUUCUUUUCUUAUUGUA